AUGGUUGUUAGAAUUGAUAAAUGUAGCACAUUUGGCAUCAAAAAAGUUUUAUCAAAAUCAGCCAAGUACCUGCCUAAGCUUUUGAUCAAUAAAGAUCUCAUACCAACGAUUAAAAUUGGAGAAUCAUUUGAGCAUCUGGGACGACACUUUAACAUGACUAAUCAAAAACACAAAUCUAAACUGAUCUCCCUCAUUGAUGAACUAAUGUCCGAAAUAGCUCUCAAGCCUCUUCACCC